UGCUACCAUCAUUACUUCAAUCUUUCAAAUUUGACUUUUCACCUCAUUUUCAUUAAUAAAAACAAAUCAUUUGUACCAAAUUAUCUGUGAUAAGUUCUUUUUCCAACGACAGUUUACAAUCUGGCUUUAAACAAUGAGAUGGGCGAAUCGAACACACCCUUGGAUAAAACUGUGGACGUCGGUUCAGGAAGAUGCAUGAGCAUUCAGGCUAUGCAAGCUCUUUUCGAACUGAAGGAAAAUAAUCAACUUUGUGAUGCCACCAUUGUACUGGAUGAUGGUUCAGAAAUUCCCGUUCACAGAGCGAUUCUCUGCGCAUGCAGCUCAUAUUUCAGAGCUCUUUUCACCACAACACUGCACAGCAGAGAGAAAAACAGGGUACAUUUACCAGGAGUGACUUCUGAAAUGCUCCAAAAACUAUUAGUGUACGUCUAUUUGAGGAAACUAGAUAUAAACCAAGACAAUGUUUAUUCGUUGUUGAUCACAGCCGAUUAUUUGAGCAUAUUGGGAGUGUUGGAACUGUGCUGCAAGUUUUUGGAAAACAACUUGAACCCCAGAAGUUGCAUUGGGGUUUUAAUGUUUGCUAGAAAUCAUUUUUGUAGGGAGUUGGUAAACUAUACAUGGAAAUAUAUUAUGAAAAAUUUCGCGCAAAUAUCUACAGAGAGUGAUGAAAUAUUGACCCUGUCCUUAUCAGAACUUCAAGAAAUUAUAAACUCGGAUGAUUUGAAUGUUAAGAGUGAGGAGACGGUCUGGGAAACUAUCUUGAGGUGGAUAGAUUACGACAUAGACGCCAGGAAACAGCACAUCGUAUCCUUAAUGAAAUGCAUCAGACUGGGACUGUUAGACACACAAUUUUUCUUGGAAAGAGUGAAGGAGCAUCCAUACGUAUCUGGAUGUGACGAAAGCCGACCGAUGAUCAUCGAAACGCUGAAAUUUCUUUACGAUUUGGAGAUGAUUACGCAUAGGUUAGACUCGAAGCACACGGGCGUAUAAUUCUAGGCACUGCAAAUUAGGCUUUAAUG